AAUCAUCAGUAUCGUAUCGUCGGCCCUACCGAGUGUGUGUUCGUGCCCGUGCUCUGCAUUCGCGCGUCCGUCCGUCCGCCACCGCUGCCGUCGUCGAUUUAUUUUAUUUUUUUUUUUUCGUUUCCAGUCGAAUUCUCUGUCGUUCCGUCAACGCGCGCUCGUCUUGUGCUCGACAAAAAAUUCAAUAAAUACACCUUCGGUUCGCGGACUCUAGUACGAUCGUUUUGUACUUUUUUGCGCUCGCGUCUCCGCAAACCACCGCCGUCGCUCGCGCACACGAGACAUCGUCUUCGACACUUCGGCGAACACUAUGCUCCGGCCGUGGGCCAACGCCGCGCACGACCGACGUGAUCACGUCUCGUCCGCCGUCGUGCCGACGCGUUGUUAACGACACUCGCGCGGCGUAAAGCGCGUGUAAUCCCGUCCGCGGCGGGCACACGCACCGGAGAAUCGCCGUCCGCGGAUUACACGUCUCUCGGGCCCCCGUCGUCGUGCCCGCAGUCCGUCCGCUGUUCGUCGCCGACGAGAGCACUUGAUUUUUCUCGCCCGACGAUAACACCGGUGGUCGACCACCACCUCUGCCGGAAACAUGGUUCUGUUCGACAACCUGUUCGGUUUCCCCGGGCUACCGGGCUGCCUGCGGUUCUUCUCGCCGUCGCCGUCCGCCGCCGCCGGGCGACGGCCCGCGUCCGCGACCAUGCGCGGCGUGUCGUGCACCAAGAUCACGUCGUGCCUCACGCUGGUCCUGCUCAUAUGCUUCGAGACGGUCCUGCUGUCCACCGUCAGCGAUUGCACCAAGUCAUUCACCGUGCACUGGAACACGUCGAAUUCAAUAUUCCGGAUAGACAACACGGAUCACAUAAUUGACGUGAACAAAGGAAACCAGCCUUUCGAAUACGACCAAGUGAACAUUGUGUGUCCCGUGUACGCGCCGGGGACACACGAGUCGGACGCCGAAAAGUAUAUCAUUUACAACGUGUCCAAGGAGGAAUACGAUAUGUGUCGAAUCACUAAUCCCAAUCCAAGGAUCAUAGCGUAUUGCGACAAGCCUUACAAACUUAUGUACGUCACAAUAACAUUCCGGUCGUUCACACCUCAGCCCGGUGGACUCGAAUUUCAGCCGGGACAAGACUACUAUUUCAUUUCCACUUCGUCCAAGGACGACAUCCACCGCAGAAUCGGCGGCCGUUGCUCCACCAACAACAUGAAAGUCGUGUUCAAGGUGUGCUGCAGACCAGAAGACCAACAAAACAACCAGAACUUGGCCCCCCGACCAACGCAGAACGCCGGCAACCCUCAGCGGCUACCAGUGCCGGGCAGUACUCACGGAUAUCCGGCCCGACCUCCGUCUGUAUAUGCAUCGUCCACACAGCAGCCAUCGUUGGCCGGCAAGCAGCCUCCGUUCGGCGCCACCGGACCGUCAGUGCACAACAACAACAAGCCAUCACACAAAAAAUCAUCCGAAUACGACAAGCAUCCCAACGAAGUGGUCAAGAAUGAAGAGCUCACGUACAACGGUGCCGGCGCCACCGUCGCCGGAAUUUCGGCAAAGGCGUUGGUUGUUCUAGUCCUCGUGGCCAUCGGUGCUUACGAACAGAUCAUACAUCGAUAAACGGUCACCGCUCCGCUAGGAUCCCCUUCUCACCCCCUCAUCAACACUCCACGAAAUACGACAAGCGUAUAUUUAUCGUAAGAAUAAUAUUAUGUGACAUAUUAUUAUUAUUGCAUUAUUGACGACACACUGUGUACAUACCUACCUAAAUGGUGUUUUUAUUUUACUAUAAUAUUAUAAUAUCGAUGAUAUGAUUAUUAUUAUUAUUAUUAUUAUUAAACUCUUGUAAAUAUAUAUAAAACGUAUAUGUAUAUAUAAAUACAUAUAAUAUAUGAUAUUAUAAAAAACACCUCCGAUAAUAACGAUAAUGAUAAUCCUCCCCUCCCCUUGAGUAAUUAUAAUUAUUAUCAAUAUUAUUAUUAUUAUUAUCUAUUAUUAUUAUUAUAUUAUUAUUAUUAUAUAUUAUUAUUAUUACUAUUAUUAUUUGUACAUAACAAUAUUAUAUAUAGACAUGUAUAACGUAGGAAAACGACUAUAUAUAUAUUUAUAUAUACACGAUAAUUAUUUUAUUCCGACGAAUAAUCGAAAACAAUGUUUUAUUUUUUACCGUAUCGUAUCACUUCAGACAAUUCGAAAUUGCCGGACAACAAAUUUUUUUUUUCGUGAACCCUCUUAACUUAUUAUUAUUAUUAUUAACUGUUUAGGUUUGCCAUAAUAACAUAAUAAUAUUACAACGAACGUGUAUACGGGAACAACGAUGGUAUAGAUACAAUGCGUCGCGAAUUAAAAAAAAAAAAAAUUAAUCAUAAUUAUUCGUAAUAAACAAAUAUGUCGCAGUCUUUUCGCCAUCUGUACAGCCAAGUGCCAUUUUACCGGUUCUGCGACAUAAUUUUGUAUUUAACUCUGUUCGUGGUAGGCCUCACCGUCGUCGCCAUUCGAUACGAUAUACACGUAUAAAUAUUUAAUAUUAUUAUAUCGAUCGAUAUAAUAGUUAAUUAAUACACUCUUCAUUAUGUAAUAUAUACAUAUAUAUAUAUAAUUAUCGUACGUCUAUAAUAUGUUUUAUAUAGAAAAGUAAAAAAAAGUGAAAUUAUUAGGGUACCUAUGUGUGUGCAUGUGCGUGUGUGUGUGUAUCUGCGUGUAUGCAUAUUCGAUUACAAUAUUCUCGUUAUUCUAUAAUCGGUUAUAUUUGUAAUUUAAUUUCUGUGAUCGUUAAUUUUUUAAACAUUAAUAUAGAGACAUUUUGACCGUAAUCGUAAAUCUAUAUAAAUUUAGUUUCUUUUAAAAUAUUAUGUACAACGAGAAAGAGUAUGUAAAUGUAUAAUAUAUAUAUAUAUAUUUAUGUAUAGGUACAUAAAAUAAACACCUAUAUUUAUCUGUGUUACAUAGAUGCGAGUGCAAAAAUAUCACACACAUACUCAGCAUUCGUACGAUAUACUUAUUUAAAUAUGUUUUAUUCUUUCCAUUCGUUAUCUAAUUUAUUUUUAUUUUUGUCAUCACUUCAUAGUAUUAUAAUAUAUAAUAAAAUGUAUGUAUUUUUUUUUUUUUUUAACGUUUUUAUUACGUUUGUGUGAAAAUAGUUUUAUAUAUAAAUAUAAAUAAAUAUAUAAUAAUAUAAAGGAAAAAUAUUAUUUUGUAAAAUCGUAUAUUGUGUACAUAUAUAUAUUAAUGAUAUUAACUAUACAUGAUAUUAUAUUAUAACGUGUAUUUCAUGUCACUGUAUUAGGUACACGCGCAUUCAAUAAUAGUUUGUAUUAUAUAUUAUUAUUAUUAUUAUCAUAAUAUUACCUACAUGUAACACGUAUUAUUAUAAUAUGUUAUUACGAUUUAAGGACAAUAUUGUACUCGAACGAAAUUCGUAAUAUAUAUAUAUAUAUGUAUAAAACUGUACUUAGCUACCCCUCUCACUCCCGUAAUAAUAAUAAUAAUAUUAUUGUAAUAGGUAUAUCCCCGCGACUACGGCACCGCUGCCACUGCCACCGCUGCCACUAAUAUGUUUUUUUUUUAUAAUAUGUAAAUCGGCGCACCACCACGUGCGUGUUUCGAUUCUCGAACAUCCAUCACUGAUUAUCGUUAAAUUAAUAAAUGUAUUAUUGAACUUUCGUUAGUCAGCAAGCGAUCUUUUCACGAGCGACGCCGAAGGGAUGCGUCUGCUACACGAACGGUGUUCGUAAUCUGUUUUUACCGUAUUAAAUUCAUCUGUACAGACGGCUAAAAUAAUAAUUCGCUAUAACAUUAUUGUACGUAUUAUUAUCAUUAUUAUAAUAUUCCGAGCAAUGCGUGUGCAGCUGCGCAGCAGACAUAGACACAGACAUCACACAAUAUUUGUCGUGGCGCGGAGUUGUAAAAAUGAAAUUGAAAAAAAAAUAUUCGAUUUAGUUCUAAUGAAAUGCUUAUGUAUUAACUAUAUGAUAUAUCUCUUUUAUACGUAUACAUAUAUAUAUAUUUCAAAAACAAAAAAAAAAAAAUUUAAAAAUAUGAUAAUCGUUUAAUAUUCAAUUUGUAUAGUGUGUAAUGUUAGGUGUUUUCUUUUAUACUGUUUCUUUUUCGUCGGACGGACGGACGAAUAAUAAACUGUAUUAUUAUUAUUAUCAUCAUCAUCAGUAUUAGGUACCGUUUACGUCGACAACUCAGUAUGUAUUAUAAUCUUAUGGUGCCGUCGGUGAAACAUGUUCUGUACUAUCGUAUUACCGCCGGACCAUCGAUUUAUUAUUAUAAUAAUAUCAUUAUUUAUUAUAUAUAUUACGAUUAUUAUAUUUUGUACAUUUUCGAUUUACUCGAACGUCGUGUUCUAAACUCCGUACAUCGCUAAUGAACAAAAACAAUAGCAUAACACUCGUCUUCUCCUCACAUUGUCCAAACCCUAUGACCCCCCACCCUCUCAUAUAUGUUCAGCCAGUAAUAUUAUUUUCCGUCUUAAAUUCGUCUCUUUUUUUAUAUAUAUUAUAUUUACAUCUACUAACUAUAUGAUAAUAAUUUUCGUCAUUAUUAUCAUAUUAAUGUAGUACGCUCGACACGACGAUAAUAUGUUCAUACAUUAAACUGAUAUCUCGUCGACGGUGUGAAUUUUUUUUUUAUUUAGGCGUAUUUUUUAUGUGUUCAAGUUCCUAUGUUUCAAUGCAACUUAAAAUAAAAUAAAAAAAGUACAAACGAGAGAAAAAAACGUUUUUGAAUUUCUAAAAAAUAAACUAUUAACUAAAAUUUAUAUACAACUAUAUUAUUAUUAUUAUUAUUAUUAUUAUUAUUAUAUCGCCGCGUAACCUGUUGUGUUAUAAAAUGAAAAAAAAAAACUGGCUGAAUGUUCGAACAAUUAGGAUUUAAGUAUAACUUCAAACCUGUAUGUUUAAUAAAAUAUUUACAGGAUAAUAUUAUAAUAAUAGUAAAGCGCCGUGUGUUUAUUUAAUUUUUUUUUUUUAUUUAUUGUAUUUUUUUUUUUUUAAUUAUUUAAUUUUUUUUUUUGUGUGUAGUUUGUUAGGAUUUAAAUACAUUAAUAUUACCUAAUAUUUAUUUAUAUAUGUAUGUGUCAUAUAUGUAUAUACGACGCAUAUGUAUAUAUUUAUAAUAUAUAACAUAAUAUAAAAUGUAUACAUCCUUCAAUUUAUUGCCAUACCCGCUGUAUAAAUGAAUAAAUGUCAAAAAAAAACGUGUAUUAGCUUAGAAUUACCUAUGUAUGAAUUUAGAACAGGGCACUUAAUACUUAGAACUGAUGUGUACUCCUAUUUGUGCUGUAUGUACCAGUUAAAUAUAAGGUUUAUGAUAAUAA